AUGACCCAAUUAUUCACGUCUGGGCUAGCUUUGAUAGCAUUUCUCGUCUGUGGAGGUGUGGAGACAUGGUACGCAACAGGAUUCGAUCAUAUGUCGUUUUUCAUCAUGGCUAUUGGUAAUGGUGUGGUCUCUGGCUGCGCAGGAUUACCUGGCUGUCAAAUUCAAUUCGUCGUCAAGGGCUGGGCCGUUGCUGCUGCAUUUUACUUCUUGGGCGGAUUGCUUUACCUGAUCGAUAUGGGAUUAGUGUUUGCUAAAAAAGACAAGGAAUCGGAAAUGAAUCAACUUCUGAUAACUUGCCUUUAA